GCAGGACAAGCUCAAAAUCCACAUGCGGAAGCACACGGGGGAGAGGCCGUACCUCUGCAUCCACUGCAAUGCCAAAUUCGUGCACAACUACGACCUGAAGAACCACAUGCGCAUCCAUACGGGCGUCCGUCCCUACCAGUGUGAGUUCUGCUACAAGAGCUUCACCCGCUCCGACCAUCUCCAUCGCCACAUCAAACGCCAGAGCUGCCGGAUCGCAAGACCCCGGCGAGGACGUAAGCCGGCAGCAUGGAGAGCUGCUGGAUUACUCUUUGCUCCUGGUGGUCCGCCAGUGGAGAAGAGCUUCAUGAUGCCACCCACGUUGGAGGAGAUGAGUGGCCACCUCGGCGGUGCGGCCAUGUGCCUUCCUGGCCCCAGCCCCAAGCAUUUUUUGAGCGGGGCCAAGACCGCCUUCAGCCUGCAAGAGUUGGAGAAUCAGUUUGAAGAAACCCAGAUGAAGCUCUUCAGGCGAGCUCAGCUGGACAUGGAGAGGAACGCAGGCAUCUUCGCCUUCGCCUUGGGCCAUAAUGAAAACCUUGCUGCCCAACCCUUCUUUCCUCUCCCCGAUCCUUGGAACACGGGCUUCAGCGGCUUAGCGGGGCUCGGCCACGUGGCUCCCAUCUCAGAGGCAAGCAACUAA